GUCAUCGGAUCUUUGCUUCAAAUUCAACUUUUCUUUCCUUCCUAAGUAUAUACGCCCUUUCAAUCGCCAUUUCUGUAUUCAUACCCAAGAACACCAAGCUUUUCUUCAUCUCUCAUAAAGUUGGAGAGAGAAAACCCCACCUCAAAAGCAAAGAAAAAAAAAAAGAAAGGAAAUUCAGAAAACAACCCAUAAAACCAAUUAUUAACUUUCUUUUUAGUACUCUUUCUUCUUUCUCUCUCUAUAAUAUACUUUGCCAGCUCCGUUUUGGUCUUCCUGUCCUUCUGCCGUUUCUUCUCUCUAAAACCCACUUCAUCAUACUCUUUUUGAAGCCAGAAGCAAUCGAGAUCUGAACCCAGUGACUUAUCAAUAGAGAUUGCAUUGUGGGAUACUGUUCUUGUUUAAACAGUAAACAAGCUAGGACUUUGCACCAUGUCUGGCUCGGCAAAAGCUCUGGAACCGGCAUUCCAAGGAGUGGGUCAGAGGGUAGGGACUGAAAUAUGGAGAAUUGAGAACUUUCAGCCAGUACCUUUGCCGAAAUCUAGUUAUGGUAGAUUUUACUCUGGUGAUUCAUACAUUGUAUUGCAGACUACUUCUGGUAAGGGAGGUGCAUAUUUGUACGACAUUCAUUUCUGGUUGGGAAAAGAUACCAGCCAGGAUGAAGCUGGGACAGCAGCAAUAAAAACCGUUGAGCUUGAUGCAAUUCUUGGUGGCCGUGCAGUGCAGCAUAGGGAGCCUCAAGGUUAUGAAUCUGAUAAAUUUUUAUCCUACUUUAAACCAUGUAUUAUACCACUAGAGGGAGGUGUUGUAUCUGGGUUUAAGGAAACCGAGGAAGAAGAGUUUCAAACACGAUUAUACACAUGCAAAGGAAAACGAGUUGUCAGAUUAAAGCAGGUCCCUUUUUCUCGAUCCACGCUGAAUCAUGAUGAUGUCUUUAUCUUGGACACUAAAGAUAAGAUUUUUCAAUUCAAUGGGGCAAACUCGAAUAUACAAGAAAGGGCUAAAGCAUUGGAAGUUAUUCAGUUUUUAAAGGAUAAAUAUCAUGAGGGGACAUGCGAUGUUGCAAUCGUUGAUGAUGGAAAGCUACAAGCGGAGGGUGACUCUGGUGAAUUCUGGGUCAUUUUUGGUGGGUUUGCUCCCAUUGGCAAGAAGGUUGCAAGUGAAGACGAUAUAAUUCCAGAAAAGACUCCUCCAAAGCUUUAUUGCAUUUCUGAAGGUCAGGUGAAGGAUGUAGAAGGUGAACUUUCAAAAUCGCUUUUGGAGAACAGCAAAUGUUAUCUAUUGGACUGUGGUGCAGAGGUGUUUGUUUGGGUUAGCAGAGUAACACAAGUAGAGGAAAGAAAAGCUGCCAUGCAAACUGCUGAGGAGUUCAUCAUCAGCCAGAACCGGGCCAAGUCAACUCGUGUAACUCGACUUAUUCAAGGUUACGAGACUUAUUCAUUUAAGUCCAACUUUGAGUCCUGGCCAUCAGGUUCAGCACCUUCUGCUCCUGAGGAGGGUAGAGGAAAAGUUGCAGCUCUGCUGAAGCAACAAGGCGUUGGCCUUAAAGGGCUGGCAAAGAGCUCUACUGCAACUGAGGAAGUCCCACCUUUGCUUGAAGAAAAUGGAAAAAUCGAGGUGUGGCGGAUUAAUGGCAGUGCUAAGACACCAGUAUCUAAGGAGGACAUUGGUAAAUUUUACAGUGGAGAUUGCUAUAUUGUCCUUUACACUUACCAUUCUAGUGAAAAGAAAGAAGACUACUACCUGUGCUGUUGGAUUGGCAAAGAUAGCAUCGAGGAGGAUCAAAAUAUGGCUUCUCGGCUAGCUACAACAAUGUUCAAUUCACUGAAGGGAAGACCAGUCCAGGGUCGUAUAUAUCAAGGGAAAGAGCCACCACAGUUUGUUGCCAUCUUUCAGCCUAUGGUUGUGUUGAAGGGUGGAUUGAGCUCUGGUUAUAAAAACUACAUUGCAGACAAAGGAUUGAAUGAUGAAACCUACAGUUCAGAUGGUGUGGCGCUCAUUCAGAUAUCAGGAACUUCGGUGCAUAAUAAUAAAGCCGUUCAAGUAGAUGCGGUCGCAACCUCAUUAAAUACCUAUGAAUGCUUUCUUCUUCAAUCUGGUUCAUCAUUGUUCACCUGGCAUGGAAACCAGAGUACUGUUGAGCAGCACAACAUAGCUGCAAAAAUUGCUGAAUUUCUGAAGCCUGGCGCCAAUGUGAAAUUUGCUAAAGAAGGAACAGAGAACUCAACUUUCUGGUUUGCACUUGGAGGGAAACAAAGUUACACAAGCAAAAAACUAGCACAGGAAGCUGUCAGAGAUCCCCAUCUGUUUGCAUUCUCAUUCUCUAAAGGAAAGUUUGAGAUUGAGGAAGUCUACAAUUUUUCACAAGAUGAUCUGUUGACAGAGGAUAUCUUAAUAUUAGAUACACAUGCUGAGGUGUUUGUCUGGGUUGGUCAGUCGGUAGACUCCAAGGAAAAACAAAAUGUUUUUGAAAUUGGCCAGAAAUACAUAGAGUUGGCUGCAUCUCUGGAUGGGCUAUCUCCAUGUGUGCCCUUAUACAGAGUGACAGAAGGAAACGAGCCUAGCUUCUUCACAACAUUUUUCUCAUGGGAUACUGCAAAAGCUAAUGCUCAAGGAAACUCAUUUCAAAAGAAGGUUAUGCUACUGUUUGGGUUUGGGGGCAGCCAUGCAGGAGAGAGCCAAGAUAAGUCCAACGGAAAUCAGGGUGGGCCAACUCAAAGAGCUUCAGCCUUGGCAGCCUUGAACUCUGCUUUUAAAUCAUCACCAACUGCCAAAUCUUCAGCUUCUCCAAAGGUACCGAGCCGGGGAUCUCAGAGAGCAGCUGCAGUUGCUGCUUUAUCUUCGGUUCUUACUGCCGAAAAGAAGGGAUCAUCUGACGCUUCUCCUGUCCGACCCAGUAGGAGUCCGCCAUCUGAAGGUGGCUCACCUGCUAUCGCGAAGAGUGAAGAACCUUCUGAUGGUUUGGAGAGUAACGAAGGUUCGGAAGCUGGCACAGGGACAUUUGAGGUAAUUCAAGAGACCAAUGGAGAAGAUUCGGCACCAAAGUCAACAACAGAUGAAAACGAAUGUGUUAGUGUAGACAGUCAGAGCACUUUCAGUUAUGAACAACUGAGGGCUAAAUCCGAGAACCCAGUUACAGGAAUUGACUUCAAGAGAAGAGAGGCUUAUCUUUCUGGCGAAGAAUUUGAGGCUGUACUUGGGAUGACGAAAGAAGCAUUCUACAAAAUACCGAAAUGGAAGCAAGACAUGAUGAAGAAGAAAGUUGAUCUGUUCUAGUAGCUACGAAUUGAUAGAUAUAUUCUUUCAAUUCUUAGUUUCUUCUCUUGUCAUUGUGUUGUGAUGAUGAUGAUUAUAGGAGUUAAGUUAGUAUGGGGUCGGGUCUGAGUAAAGAGUGAUUUUUUUGACUCUCUUUUUGCUGCUGCUGGUUUUACGUUACGCUAUGUCCAUCCAUGCAUCUAUCCGUCCGAUUGUUGGUGGGUUGGUUUGGAUGGACGGAUGGGGUUGUUAGAUUUGGUUGGUAUGUGGGCUUGAGUGAGUGAGUUUGUUUGUGCUAUUUAUUUAUUGUUGGGAAAUGAAGACUGUAAUUAAAUGUCAUGUGUUUGUAUUUCAACUCACAUAUUUAGGUUGAAAAGAGCUUGAUGAUGUUUGCUAUUUUCA